AGUAAGAUAACUCCAUCGACUUCUCGAUUACGAUGGAUUACUGCUACAGUACUUCUAUCUGUGGCUAUUUGCUACAUAAUCUAUCGGCCAUUACCUUCUGGCCUCACAAGGAAACCACUGGAUCGGUUCUAUAUCCACUUAUUUGAAUCAGCACUAAGAGUCACCUAUUACUGGCCUAGCCGGUUAUUUCCAAAAGCUACUACAAUGGUCUGGUGGACGCGGUUCGUACUUAACGCUCUAUCGCCAAUCCUUGGACCAUGGGGGCCUGAUAGGAAUUUGAUUGUGGAAACGCAAGUCUGGGAUGGAGUUACUGUUCGGGUUUUCUCGCCUCGUGGCAAUGCCUCGACAAAUGGAGCCGUGUUUUUCAUACAUGGAGGAGGGUUUGCUCUUGGGAACAUCGACAUUUACGAUUCCCUCACAAGGCGGAUAGCCCAUAUGUUGAACUCUGUCGUUGUCUCAGUAGAAUACCGGCUAUCGCCCGAAACUCCGUUCCCGGGCGGGCUACAUGACUGCGAAACCGCUUUAGAACAUUUCAUACGAAUUGCUCAAGCAAACUAUGGAGUGGAUCCAAAGAAGAUUGUUCUAAUGGGAGACUCAGCUGGAGGAAAUCUCGUUGCCGUGAUCACACAACGACGUCGUGACACGAGGGCAAAGCCUGAAAUCCUUGGUCAAGUGCUACUGUAUCCUCUUCUCCAACUUGCUGACUUCCAGUCCAUCUCUUAUCGAUAUUUCUUCAAAAAUCUGAAUGGAUUGGCCCUUGUCGAUCCUGAAUCGGUCGCUUAUUACUACAUGUUCUAUGCCGGUAUUGACAUGGAUAAACAUGGCGAUUUGGUAAAAUAUGCCCUUGUAAAUGGUCACGUUGCACCGGAAUUCCGUGAGAAAGUGGACAAGAUUCUCAAUUAUACUUCGUUUUCUUAUCUGAACUACGGGCAUAGUGGGAAUGAUUCGUUGGCUGAAAAAGAACCAGUUGUGUACUCUGAGGAAGCUCAACGACUCCUGGCUCCAUUUAUUGCCAAUCCAAAUUUCUCUCCCUUGAUGCAAGAGGACUUGUCUCGACUUCCUUCCGCAUUUGUGAUGACGUGUGAGUACGAUGUGCUGAGAGACGAGGGAAUGUUAUACGCCAAACGCUUGAAGGACGCUGGCGUCAAGACCGAAGCGCGCAACUACAUUAAUGGCUUCCAUGCAAUGCUAAAUUUCCAUCAUGAGAUCGAUGAAGCUGGAGCGUCUUUACAAGACAUUGUGGCCUGGACAAGGGACACUAUCGAUUCUAUAUAG